UUUCUUGAGAUGGGGUGGUAGAACCUUAUUUAAAGUGCUUCCCUUGCUACUUCUGCUAACAGAAGAACUUGGCCUGUAGGUCUCACUGAUUUGUGGUUUUCAGACAGAUUCUAAUUAUUUCCGUUAUUCUUCGAAAAAUACAAAUAUUCUAGAUAAUGUUUUUCUAAGAUUCAUUUUGUAUUUUGCAAAUAUUCCAAUUAUGUGAGACGAACUGUUUUUGCCCAAAUCAAUUCAAAAUCUAGAGCAUUAAAUAAAUUCUGAAACACAAAUUUUGCGAAGAUUUUUAUGACCGGCUGGACCUACAGAAUCCUGAAAGGGGAGGAACUAAUCCACUUUGGUCAUGAAUUAGAGUGCAUCUUUUUUUCUGGAGUGACGCCCCCCAAGUCCCAAAAGGUCCUUUGUACGGCACGAUCCUGAUCAGUUUGGUCAUCAUCCACGGAGUCUCUUAGUGUACUUUCUCCGAAAAAAUUCCUUAGAGAAAAAUGUACCAAGCCGCUAACUCUUCAAAAUCCGUGCAAAAUCCAGCAAAUUCUCACAAGGCUUGCCCCCAUGGAACGGCGCCUUGCGCUUUAUGCAAAAGCCCAACGUUCAGGAAUGUACUCAACAGUAUUCCCAAUCUGAAUGAUGUAGAUCUUGAGGAUGAACUGUACAACCUAGCAAAUGAAGCAGAAUCCACUGGAAAACGGAAACAACCUGCAAAAAUCAACAAGAAAGACCCAGAUUUACACAAUAUUUUGGGAGAUCGCCUUACUACCCGUCAGGUGCAAUUGAAUAAGAACGAGAAGGGAAAGUGGACAUUUUUUGCCCUUAAAGCAGCUACAUGGACGUCAAAGGACUCACCAUGUCCGGGUUCUUUCUCACUACCACUACAAUAUUUAGAAUUUCAGGAAAGUAGUAAUUCCUUAUAUAUUGUAAGUUACCUGAGCCUUAAUAGUGAAAACUUUCACGACUCGCGUAAAAUCUGGACCCAAGGAAUGCAAUUAACUAAAGUAGAGUUCGACUUUCCAAUCAUUAGAUUAGUACAAAUUAACGGAACGUAUUACAAUUUUAUGAUAAAAAACACCAAUACCACAAAUUACGCCGUUCUUGAUGAGUUUCUUACUAAGUUGUCUAAAAUUACUUGAUUCCUCAAAUUUUAAACUUGAUUUGAACUUAAUGAUAGCCUAAGAUAGUAAUAGUUAAGAUAAUAACUUAAUUUUUUCUACCAUUUACUUAUAAUACUUUUAUUUGCGGUUUUUUCCGUUCUCUCUCUCUCCCUUUAAUUGGGAUUACAUAUUUAAUUUGAAUAUUGUCUGGUAAAAAAUAGCCAAUAUUGAUUUAAAUUGAGUCUUGUUUAUGAAUGAGCUAGCACACUGUCAGUUCAAUGUCAAGGUCUUUGGUUUUAUAACCACUCUCCACAACCGAUUUUCACCAGUUUGGACAGGAUUUUGGUCGUCCAAAAAUAUCCAAAGUAGAAAAUGGAGCAAAAUUUUACCAGUUCUUCAUUACUGAACAUUUAGAUAAUCUAUUAACGUAUUUGUGUAAUAUUGUUACAUUUGGCCCCAUUCUCCAAUGUAGGAAGCUAUUAGAUAUUUUAGACGUCCAUAAUUAUUUUGGUCAGUUUUGGACACUUUUGGAGUGCACAGCGUGAUCCAAAAAUGUUUUGGAUAUCGUCCAUAACGAAAGACUUAAAUAAAUAAAUCAGUGUACAGAAAUUA